CGACAUUUUGCCUGAGCUCUCCCUCCUCUAGCACACAAUUUGGUACGAGGAAUUCUCCAGGCGCAGUCAUGCUGAUCUACACCGGAUUUUUCAGUUACAGCCCGUAUCCAAAGAAAUCAGAUCAAGCGCUCGUCCUCGUGGUAGAGAACGACUUCGAACUCGGAGCUCCUGUGACGGCGAUGUGGCAAUGGACUUGCAACGAAGACAGGAAGGGGUUGAAUGUGAGGUGCGUAGGCACUUUCAGCAGUUUCGAAACUGGCAAUGUUCCUUACGACUACACCACUUUCGUGGCGUUCGGUGACCAGGAGUAUUCUCUCAGACUCUUGGUCCGCGAGGAUCGAAGCAAGAUCACUGUCCAAAUGUACAAGACUCCGAAGACGGGCAGAUCGGACCGUGAGAUGGUGGACGAAUUCGAUCUGGACUACAGCGUUGUAUCUGAUUCAGUCCGGACCAGGGCACCCGAUUAUAGCCCGGCUCGCGGUCUUCCCGAAAUCCAGUACUUCGACAUGAUCGAGUGGAAUGAGAAUCUGUUCACUCUCACUGUCCCGGACAAUCUCUGUCACGACGGGCCCAUCUGGGUUACUUUCGUCGACAGCGAUUUGCACUCGGAACUAGGCACGAUAAAAAUUAUCGAAGAAACCCCCGAGAACGUGAGAAUUUCGUUCACAGCCGGCGAGUACGAUGCGGAGGUGAGAUUGGAUAGCGAAGGCAGCAGCUGGGAACUUCUCACAUUCAAUCAUCGAAGUGCAGUGUCCGCAGUUCGAGAAUCGGAGGAAUGUCCAGUCUCGGAGAAGGAAUCGGACCUUCCGAUCGGAUUGGCGUCGAAAUUACACCCGAUGAUGGAGUUCCGCUCCGUGCGAAUUUUCCGCUCCACGUCCAGAGUCAUGAACGACUUGAAGGAGGCCUACUUAUGCACCCUGGACGAGUCGGGGGCGACCGUCAGAGGUAAAGUUCUGGCAGGGAUGGGGUUGUUCAUGGGCGGCGUGGGCAUAAUGCCCCUCGGAGGCUUCGGACUUCCUCUCGCCAUCGUCGGCGCAUUGCUGGCCGGGGUGGGGAUGUACGAUGCCGUCAACGACGCCGAUGGUGCCGUGCGGGGAUUUUUGUUUCCCGGUGACGACAUCGAGCGCACAACUUCAGGCGGAUUUGCUUUCGGCGUCAAUUCCUUGGUGGUGAUGCAUGUCUUGAUCGAAGACAAGACACUGACGCUGCGCAUCGGGACGAAAUCGAAACUCGACGGAGGAGAUCACUACCUGAGUGCUCUGAUCGACGAGAAAGGUUUCUUCGAACCGAUUUUCAAAAUCUUCUGGAAUGAGCUCACGGGCGUAGUCCUUCAGUCGGCCAGAAUGAUGAAGAUCUCCGGCCUCAUUCCCUGUUGCGGCAAGCUGCAGGACCUGCCCUCCUUGUCCGAGGGAUCGCAAUACACAAUCGGCCGUGGCCAUAUCAUCUCGAACGACCAGGGCCGGGAUGCUUUGUGGAACACGCUGAACGUGAAACCGAAUCAAAUGCCAAUCGAACUCUUCAGGUUUGGUGGGCUAGAAACAGCCAUAAUCGUCGAAGCGUCCGACGAGAAAUCUCUACCAGCGCCAAUGUACGAAUUCUUCCGGCUUCCGGAGUCCAAAAUCUGGGUUUUCUCGCUGGAAAACUGUCAUGUAUAUGCUGAACGCAGCAGACUCGUUUCCUCGAAGUGCAGAACUGAAGCUGACGUUUACGCGAAGAUGGUGCAACAAGCUGGCUACUACGCUUAUAUGUAUGAACCCCCGACUUUGAUUGGUUACAAGCUAGAAGAUCUAUCGAUGGCGAGCAUAACAUGCUCAUCCUAUCGUUACGAGAAGUUGUUCAUUCCUAUAUCUGGAUGGAUGCCAUGGCAGCGCAUGGUUCCGGCGCUCCGCGAGAACGAACUGUCUCUGUGAAGCGGACUGAGGUUACUGCUAGAAAUCUCUCUUGACUUCAAAUCGCGCAUGGCGUUUGGACCCAUUUGAGUUUCGUAAAGGUCGUAAUGAGGAUUCGGAGAUUCAUGAAGCGAGUCCUGAGCAGAAGAUAGUGAGUCGAGCGUUUACGUCAAUUCGGUUUCUUCCAGUGAUUGAUCUGAGGGAGCAUCAUGAUACAACCAGAACUCGGUUCCCGACAAGCAGAGCCACCUUGACGGCAGUUGUAUUCGAUGCACUGAUCCUCAGAGAGUUCCUCUCUCAGGAUCAGGUUUCUAUAAGAUGAUAUUGAAAUAGCGAACAGGAUGAUUAAGCACCCCGAUUAAUAAACAGUGGCCACAGGUUCCAGUGACAUGACUACUUACGAAGAUAAUAAGCUUCGAAUCUGAUCUAAUCUGCCAGAUAAGCUCCAAGUAGACAGAAUGACCGUGAGCCGGUUAUGGCCUUCGUAUACAACACCUCCUCUCCACACACAAUCGUAUAUUUCAGAACUGAAACCCAUUGCCUGAGAGUGAUGUCAGUCACAGGCCGGUCGUUGAUAGGUUUUACGAAAGUUGAAGUUUAUUA